AGGACCACCUGUCCGCCUGGAGCGACAUGGGGGCCGCCGCCACGCGGAAGUCGCCGGAUCUCGUCCUGGACAUCUCGUCCAGCGGAGGCUUCCAGGCCGUCGGCGCGGGCUUCGUCCUCGCCUGCGGAAGGUCGGCGUGCACGUUGGCGCAGAUGGUGACAUACACGGAUGGUCGCAG